AUGGACUGUAGCUCACCAGGCUCCUCUGUCCAUGGGAUUCUCCCAGCAAGAAUACUGCAGUGGGUUGCCAUUUCCUUCUCCAGGGGAUCGUCCCUACCCAGGCAUCAAACCCGCAUCUCCUGUAUUGCAGACAGAUUCUUUACGGCUGAGCCUAUUAACCCCUUAUCAGUCAUGUGCAUUAAGUCACUAAGUCAUGUCCAACUCUUUGCGACCCCAUGGUCUAUAGCCCCUCAGGCACCUCUGUCCAAGGGAUUUUCCAGGCAAGAACACUGGAGUGGGUUGUCAUUUCCUCCUCCAGGGAUCUUCCUGACCCAGGGACUGAACCUGUUAUCUCUUGUCUCCUGCAUCAUCAGGUGGGUUCUUUACCACUAG